GAGGGCAAGAUGGCGCAGACCAAGGAAGCUCAGAUUUUAUGUAUGAAGAGAUAUUUGGAGACAGAGGGCAUAAAUCCUGAAACUCUCCUGAAAGUCUUCAAAAGUCUCAGCAAGAUUCAACUGACAGUAGAACUGUUACAGUCGACUGGUAUUGGCAAACUUGUCAAUGGCUUCAGAAAACAAGAAGGAAAAGUUGGCGAGAGGGCCAAAGCCCUGGUCGCCUAUUGGAAGACCUUGGUGUCGACGACGGUUACCGAGGAGAAAAAGGCCAAAGCUGAGGCUGAUAAGCAGGCAGCAGAACGAGAAGCAACUAGAAAAACUGAUAUGGACAUCGUUGAUUUGGUCAAUGAAAAUGCCCGCAUGGCCAAACUUAAGCAAGAGCUGCAAAUUCUUAAAGAUAAAUUGAAAAAUUCACGUCAUCAUGAAAUAUCAGAAUCGUCAUCAUCAGAUGAUGACGAAGUGACAAGUACCACUCAACAUGUUUCUGUGCCAACUUCUAAGAAAAAGCGAAAAACUAAGACAAAGAGUAUUUCAAAAGCGAAAUCACGUGAUUAUGACGAUAGUCCGCCGAGAAAUCACAACGAUAUUCUCAAGGGUUUGAAAGAUGACGAUUCGGACGCGGAAGCUGAUGAAAAGGAGAUCGCGCAUCAACGCCGAGUGGCUGAAUGGGAAGCUAAGCAGCGGGCGGAGAUCGCUAAACUCAAGGCAGAGAAGCGCCGCAUCGAGGAACUAAGGGAACAGCGCCGAAUAGCACGUGAGAAAAAGAUCAGUAAGUUGUAUGAAAAUGAGCCGAUGUUAUUCUCACCGGAUUCUGCUAUGACUGUAUUAGUCAAGCCAAAACCAAAACCGAAGCCUAUUCCUGAUAAUGUGCAAAAAACUAAACGUGAAAUAUCAGUUUCGCCAAAUCCGAACUCUAGAGAGAGGACACGUGAUUCUAGUGUACUUAAAAAUAAACGUGAAUUGUCUGUUUCGCCAAAUCCGAACUCUCGGACCCAUGAUUCUAGUCUUCUCAAAACUAAACGUGAAAUGUCUGUUUCGCCAAAUCCCACCUCUAGAGAAAGGACGCAUGAUUCUAAGCAUGAUGGUCAGCAUGAACAUAAGCAUGGUCAUGGACAUCGGUCACAUGAUGGGCGUAAAAGUCAUCGGUCAAAUGAGUCGACCGAGCGUAAAAAAGACAGGUCACAUGACGGGAGAGAAAGAUCACGUGAUGAGUCGAAACAUCAUCACCAUAAGAGUCAUAAGUCACGUGAUUCCGAAAAUGAACGUAAAAACGAUUCUAAAAGUCGUGAGCAUAAAAGUGAUAAGUCACGUGCGUUUAGAAAUCACGGACAUGACAGUGAUAGGUCCACUGACUCUCUGACACGUGAACACCAUGAUACAAAAUCACGUGAACAAAAACAUGAGCACAAAAGUGAUCAACAACAUAUGGAAAAGACACGAAAUUCACAGCCUGUAUCCGAACACAAACUUAAUGAAUCUAAAACACGAGAUGAAAAACGACAUGUUUCUAAAAAUCACGAAAAAAAGCACAAUCACGAGUCGCACAAAUCUUCAUCACAAAAACGAUCUGCUGAAGUGUCCGAUUUUGAUAUGCCCAAUAAGAAAGUGAAAGUGGAAAACUCACUCAAUGAUGACAAGUAUUCAUAUAGCCCGCUAGCUAGUACAAGCCUGGCUAAUUCUGAUGCUGAGUUAGACUUCAGUGGUGCAGGUAUUGAGGAAGAAUGGGUCGGUUCCGAUCAGGAGCAAAAGGGGUUAAGUUUUGAAGACUUUUUAAGCUAUGAUGCAAGAGCGAAGAUGAAAUCAGGGAAGUCGAAAUCAUCAUCGAGUUCAAAGGCUAAACAUAAAUCACAUAAGUCUCAUGGUAACCAUGGUAACCAUGAUAAACACAGUCACGGACAUCGGGAUAAACCGAAGUCUGAGAAAACGUCCAAACACGACCGACACGCGAGCCAUAAUAGAGGAAAAGAUUCGGAGAAAUCAACAACGACAAUUACAAGUUCAGACGGGAAUCGUUCGCAAGAUGGAGAGUCGCCUGAUGGGAAAAAGUUCAAGCCCCGCCGGUCCACGUUGACCUUGUCGCCGCUGGAUAUUCCUCAGCCAAGCAUGAAGCUAUCGCUAUCGCAGCGAGACAUUCUGUCCUCUGUCUCUGCCCUACCGCCGACGCAGCCAGAUUAUAAGCCGCUACAUUUCCCAGAUAUGGAUGGACAGUCAAGGCAUGCGAAUAAACACGAGGUUGAGGGUGACUUCCUCAGUAAUAAAAAGAAGAGCAGGACACAGGUCUACUCCGGCAGAAAGACUACUACAUAUCUAACAGAGGUACCACGUCUUUAUGAUGCUUGUAUGAUGGUCCUGAUGAACCAUCUUGAAAACCUGGAAUGCAUCGGAGGAGUGCCAUAUGACAUCAUCAAACCAGUGUUGGAGAAAUGUACGCCGAGCCAACUGUACACUCUGGAGGAUUAUAAUCCGCACCUGGUGGAAGACAGCGAUGAACUCUGGCAGACGCACUGCAAGAAGGACUUCAGGAAGUACAGCCCGGAAGAGAUGGAGAGUUGGCGGGAAUUAUACCUGCGACUGCAUGAUGAGCGGGAAGCCCGGUUAAAGAAGCUGACCACGAAUAUUUCGGCGUCCAUGGCUGCAAAAUUACCUGUCCGAACCACAAAAUUAGCAUUCGUCGACAGCGCAGCGAAGGCACCAAGGGAAGUUCUCCGUAGACAGAGGCAGCUGGGUACCGCAGGUCCGAUGAUUAAAAACUUAGAUCCGCUCGCGAAGCUCUCUAGUCAUGGAGGAGGACCAGGGAAAGCGAGAUAUGUUAAACCGUCGGAUCAUGCGGAGAUGUUUAAGCCGCAGAAAAUGACGAAGCAAGUAGCUCCCAUGAUGGCAAAGACACUCAAGAUGAUGAAGAAAUGUAAACGUUAAAUAAUACUGCUGCAUCAGACAUUGACCUCGUCAACUUUGUAGGAUAUAUUAAAACUAGGACGUACGAUUUUGGAAUACUCGAUACUCGUUACUCGAUGUACCCGAUUGGAAUCACGUAAAUGGUAACACAAAAAUUGCUGAUCAGGAACUUACCAACGGAUGGUCAUGUCAAUAACUUUUGUCAAUUCUUAACUUUGUUGAAUUGAGCUAUGCCUCCAAUGAGCAGAUUAAUCUCUGCACCCGAACAUAUUAUUUUCUCCGUGAAACUUUACAGCGGAUGUAUUGAUAUUAGCCCCAGUAGUCGUUUUCUUUUGUUGAAAUGUGUGUUGAGUGUCAGCUGACCCUUGAUGAUGACUUACAUCGAGAAGUUCCAGCUUAUUUUUCUGUCCGGUGCAGUGACAAAUACUGAAUAGGGUAAGUGCUAAAAAAUGCCGUCUAUGACAUCGGUUUUCGUAUAUCUAGUCCGAGGCAUAAUUUAGGAAGCAGGUCAGAUCGUGUUGCAAAUUGUAGUCUGAGAUCCAGCUUAUUUUCUGUCCGGUGCAGUGACAAAUUGGGUAAGUGCUAAAAAAUGCCGUCUAUGACAUUGGUUUUCGUAUAUCUAGUCCAAGGCAUAAUUUAGGAAGCUGGUCAGUCGUGUUGCAAAUUGUAGUCUGAGUCAGUGAGUUGUGAUGGAUAAAUGAUCUUGAUCUGGUAUAGUAGAUGUUUGAUGUUAUUGGGUGCUGGUCUUGAGGCUUGGAUAUGCUUCUCUGCGGACUUGUGCGCUAUCGGGCUAGGUUUUGUUUUGAAAGGCAAAAAAGAACAUAGCGCAUGGUCAUUUCACAAAAACAUAUGAGCAGUAAUGAUAAUUAUGGGAUAAAAUGUGAUGACUCUGUUACCUAACCUUUCAGCCAAUACAAAAACAUAAUUUGCACAGAUCAGAUAUUUUUUCAUUGGUCAAGGGAUUCAAUUCCCUUUUGUUGAAUUGAGUUGAUAUAACUUGACUAUUUUGAAAAAUAUGGAUCUGACCUGUGCUGAGGAUGUUGUGUAAUGCCGAAGGUAGGCGUGAUGUCAUAAUGCAUCCCAUAAUUGUCAGGUACCGGUAUUUACAGAUUCCUUUGCAAGACGAUCAGGAAUCUUUCGAACAACUUACUUUUUGUUCAUCUCACUGAAUUAUAAUUGUAUCUAAUAGUUGGUGUGGCCCACCAGAUGUUGGAUGGAAUGUGGUGUCUCGAUGUGACGUCACCUCCCAGCCCAUGUCCAAAGAUAAUUUGCGAAUAUCAGAACUUUUCUAAUUUGUCAAGAGAUUCAAUUGCACAUUCAAUGAAUUGAAUCAUUAUUACUCGGUCGAUCGGUAAAGUUCUCAUGUGCCUAUAUGAUCUUUGCACAUUGGCUGAAAGGUGCAUGUAUGUGUUGAUGCCCACUGCUCCUGUCAGCAGAGAAGUAUGAACUGUCCUCUGAAAAAAUGGAUCUUUGUUACGGAUGGAUAUAGUUAUUGCAUGACUAACUUAUGCUUUAAAUUAUGUUUACAAUGCGUUUAAGUGUCAUGGGCAUCAGGUCAAUAGUACCUUUGACCACAGGCCCAUGACAACAUUUUUUUUUGUUUGAUAAAUUUUGCAUUUUCUCUUUGUGGUUUUGUGAACCCAAGGUUCCUAUUUAUUUCUUCAUUACAAACCCUUCAUUCCUAACUAGGCAAAGGUAAUAUACCCAAUAUUUAACUUAAGGGUUGUUACAAAAUGUAUAAUAGUUCCUUUGUAUUGUGUGAGAUAUAUUUAUUGCAGAAUUUGACGUUGAUUAGAACUGUCUGGAAUGACUAUUACAUGUAAUGUCAUUUAAAAGUUUUGAAACUGCACUACAUUUUCCUGCAUGUUCCUUGUUAUUACAUGUCGGACAACCCAUCCAUAUUUAAAAAGUAAACGAAUGUUUUUUGAGGGGGAUUAACCCCUCCUUGGUGCUCGGAUUGUUAAAUCACUCUGUACAAAAUUUCCAUUAUCAUAAUAUGUAUUCUGAUGGUGGUGAGGUGAAGCAUUCCAAGCCACUUUUUGUCCUGACAUAAUAAUCCCUGUAAGGAUGAAGAUUUCAUACUGUUGGACAACCUGAAUAGAGAAAUUUUGUCGGAAAAGCUUAUUUUCUACUCGAAAAUUGCUUGAAAUUGCUAAUUUGUUAAAAGCCCCUUCAUUUAGGUCAUCUGUUCUGUUACAGUAUGAUGUAAAGUUUGGAAGAAGGGCCCAGACAGCCUCAUUGAAUCCACUGGUCCCUGGAAAUAAAGUUUCGCAUUUGACAAA